CAUUUCCUCUCAGGCUCCAAAAUAACUUACAAAGCCUAAAAUUUUCAACACAUUUUUUCUUUGCGCAGCUCAACUCCCAAAGUCCCCGAUGGCACCCCAAGCAGAAUUGCAACAAGAGGAAAUCAUUUAUCGCUCAAAGCUUCCUGAUAUCUAUAUCCCUAAGCACCUUCCUUUACAUUCAUAUUGCUUCCAGAACAUAUCGAAGGUGGCCUCCCGGCCCUGUUUGAUUAAUGGGACGACGGGUAAGGUGUACACGUACGCAGAAGUUGAGCUCACAGCUCGCAGAGUCGCGUCAGGACUCAACAAGCUUGGCAUCCAUCAACGCCAAGUGAUAAUGCUUUUGUUACCAAACACUCCAGAGUUUGUGCUGUCAUUUCUCGGCGCUUCAUACCUUGGCGCCAUAGCGACGGCUGCCAACCCCUUCUUCACCCCUGCGGAGGUAUCAAAGCAAGCAAAAGCCUCCAACGCCAGGCUCAUAAUCACGCAGGCCUGCUACCUUGACAAAGUGAAGGAAUUUGCCGAGGACAAUGACGUCAAGAUCAUGUGCAUUGACUCAGCCCCAGAGGGCUAUUUACAUUUCUCCGAGUUAACUCAAGCUGACGAGCAUGAUCUCCCUGAAGUCGACAUCGUUCCAGAAGAUGUCGUGGCACUACCCUAUUCGUCAGGAACCACGGGGCUCCCCAAAGGGGUGAUGUUAACUCACAAAGGUUUAGUCACGAGCGUGGCGCAACAGGUCGACGGAGAAAACCCCAACUUGUAUUUCCACAGUGAAGAUGUGAUCCUAUGUACUCUGCCCAUGUUUCAUAUCUAUGCGCUGAAUUCAAUUAUGCUUUGCGGGCUACGCGUUGGGGCUGCAAUUUUGAUCAUGCAGAAGUUUGAAAUCGGGUUGUUGUUGGAGCUGAUACAAAAAUACAAAGUGACAAUUGCUCCGAUUGUGCCACCUAUAGUUUUGGCCAUUGCUAAGUCAUCGGAAACUGAAAAAUACGACUUGUCUUCUGUAAGGAUGUUGAAGUCCGGGGCGGCACCGUUGGGUAAAGAGCUUGAGGAUGCUGUAAGAGCCAAGUUUCCUGGUGCCAAACUUGGGCAGGGAUACGGAAUGACGGAAGCGGGACCAGUUCUAGCAAUGUGCUUGGGAUUUGCUAGGGAGCCAUUUGAAAUAAAAUCCGGGGCUUGUGGGACUGUGGUGAGAAACGCAGAGAUGAAAAUUGUUGAUCCGGACACCGGCUCCUCGCUACCAAGAAACCAGGCCGGAGAGAUUUGCAUUAGAGGAGAUCAGAUCAUGAAAGGCUAUCUUAAUGACCCUGAGGCCACGGCCAGGACCAUUGACAAAGAAGGCUGGUUACAUACUGGAGACAUUGGUUACAUUGAUGAUGAUGAUGAACUCUUUAUCGUUGAUCGAUUGAAGGAAUUGAUCAAAUACAAAGGUUUUCAGGUUGCUCCUGCUGAGCUUGAAGCUAUGCUCAUUGCCCACCCUGAUAUCAUUGAUGCUGCCGUGGUGGCCAUGAAGGAUGAAGCGGCUGGGGAAGUUCCUGUUGCAUUUGUUGUCAGAUCAGGCAAUUCACAACUCUGUGAGGAUGAAAUCAAGCAGUACAUUUCCAAACAGGUGGUGUUCUACAAGAGAAUUAGUCGCGUGUUCUUCAUUGAAGCCAUUCCAAAGGCACCAUCAGGCAAAAUUUUGAGAAAGGAAUUGAGAGCUAAACUGGCUACUGGAAACUAUUGAAACUAGUUUCCAGGUCCCCACACUGCCAUCAAAGUUUGAAAUAAUAUACACCGAGUGCAAAGGGUCCCUGUUAUAAAGAAAUGGUACAGUUCAUAUAUGUUCCUCCAAUCUGCUAUAUGAAGUGAGUUUGGAAAGAAUGUAAAUUAUGAUAUAAAGAAUUCAAUCUGCUAGAGGACAUAUUAUUUGAUUAAUAUCCUGUUUCUUCUUUCUUUUUCUUUCUCAUUGGUAAACCGAAGAGGAUGAAAGUGCUGAUUAUUUGUAAGAACAGUAUCUCAUAGCAAAUUGCAAUUUGAGACCACAAAAACAAUUCUAAUAUAGAUUUCCAUUUUAUGGUAAA